GCCAAGGGCUCUCGCUGGCGGACAAGACGGCCAUCUUCAGCUCCAGCUUCCGCACCGCCAAGAGGGUCCAGAAUGCGCUGCGGGCAAAGGACAUCUCGGUCCAGGCCGUCACGGAGAGCAGGGACCUAGGCAUCGACAGAGGCGCGAAGGGCACGCUGAGGAGGGCCACACACAGGAAGCGGACGCAGAGCGCGUUCACACGCUGUGGCGAAGUGGGCCUUAAGCUGAGGAGGCGGAGAGGCGUACUUCACCACGGCGCAGUCGCAUCCUACAUGUACGGCACGACGGUGCACGGCAUGGCCCCGUGGGCGAGGCAGAAGGCGCGGCGCGGGUAUGCGCAGGCGCUGAGGCGCCCGUGGCCAGGCAGGUGCAUCACCACGUUCCUGGCGCUGGAGGGGGCAGACCCCGCGAUCACGUCGGUGAAGGCGCAGCUGAAGAUUUGGUUCGGGGUCUGGGCCAGGAGCCCCGACAUCAGGGGGCAGGUCAAGCGUGCGCGGCCGAAGGUCUACUUCCAGCUGCUGAAGCUCAGAUCGGAGAAGAGGUGGCAAGCUCGAAAGGGGCCGCUCGCCAGCCUCAUCCUCCUGCUGUGGGAGGUGGGCUGGGACUCCAGAUGGCCAGACAUCUGGAUCGACAGGAACGGCGACUACUGGAAGUUCAGCACCGAGGACCAGGGCGGCGACUACUCGGAGAUAGUGGACGCGCUCCUGCAGGACAUCCAGGACCAGUUGUGGGAGAGAUCCGCACAGCACCACAACGGAGGGGGGCUACAACACGGCGCAGACGUGACGGACCUCAAGAAGCACCUCGGGCAGCUCGCGAAGAAAGAACACCACGGCACCUACGGCGCGCUCCUCACAGCGGCUUGCGCAGGAUCUGGGCCGACCUGCACCGCCAGGGAAGACUGCGAGACCAUCCGCAAGACCGAGGGCCUGGCGAGAGGGGCGCACGUCGGAGCCAAGGAGAACCCCGCGUUCUGGCUGAGGGGCAUCACACCGAAGAAGUGGUCCACGCCCCCGAAGUGCGACACCGAGCACAUCGAGCACACCACGGGCGCCUGCUUCACCCCAGACAGGCUGCGCGCAAGUGAAGGAAGCGAGCUCACAGGCUGCGGUGACGGCCCAGGAGGCGAGUACAGCGCUGAUGAGAGGCACUGCAGAUGCGGCUGGGGAUGGGUGCGACUGCGCGAAGGUGAAGACACCGACGGGAUAGCGGGCGCCCGUUUCGGCCCGCUGCCAGGGCGAAGACAGACCAACAAUAGAGCGGAGCUCUUCAGCCUGAUCAGCUUCGUCAACUCGACAGAGGGCAAGGUCAGCUUGUGGACGGACAGCGAGGUCACGUGCACAGGUUGGGCUGCAAGACGCGAGGAGACCAAGGGGCUCGGCUGCAUCAACGGCGACCUGUGGCACCAGCUCGGAGAGGCGAUGCGCAAGAGAGGUGGCGACCGCAGCGACACCAGCGUGCACCACCUCAGCAGCCACAUGACGGAGCUGGAGGCCAGAGAGAAAGGCAUCACACGGCGAGUCUGGGCAGGCAACAAAGCGGCGGACAAGUGCGCAGCGGCAGGCGCCAAGACCCACGCGAUCAGCGACACCGAGAUGAGCUGCUACGAGUGGAUGAGGGCGACGGCGCACUUGGUCAGGCAGAGGAUCGCAGCCACCACGAAGGACGCACUCACCAGACGGCCGCCAGAGGAAAAGGAGAUGCGUGAGGCACGACGAGCCCAGGCCAAGCGGAGGAGGCAGGAGACGCUGAGGAAGACGGACCUGCUCGGCGACAGCCCACGGCGAAGGCCCGCUUCGCAGCAUGUCCUGAAGCGGGACCGUCGGGGCACGGGCUGGACAUGCCUCUGCUGCUGGGGGCCGGUCAGCAGCACUACCACGGCGAAAAACAUCCACGGAUGGCUGACGCAGACCUGCAGCGGACCUCCGCCCCCGACGGCACUCACGGUCACGAAGUACGGGGUCGAGUCGCACCACGCGCGCAGGCUGAGGCGGCUCAGGGGGAACAACCGAUUGUUCUGCGAGAACUGCGGAGGAGCCACCACAGAGCUGAUCGCCAAGAAGCUACAGGAGCCCUGCUGCGGACACACGGCGCGCGACAGCGGGCACUACAGGCUCCAGUGCUGGCUGAAGCGAGCGGCGUGCGAAGAAGGCACUUGCGACAUGCCCGUCGAGGAGUGCACGGAGGAGGGGCCCCAAGCGGAGGAGCUGGAGGAGGCCAGCAGCAGCCGGAGCACGGAGGUCGACGCGGCGGGGGGCGCAAGAGUGGCCAGGGGCCCCGCGCGGCGGGAUAAUGUGUGGAAGGCCGAGCUGGCCAGGCGCAGGGCGGAGAAGGAGGAGGCUGCAGCGAGAGCGCGAAGCGCCGCGGCGGCAAUGCAGCAGAAGGCAGCCAGCGGCAGCCAGAUCACGGAGUCCGAG